AUACUAUCUUGAAGUUCGAGCAAAGCUGAGCAAUAUGGCGGAAAAUCAUGAAGUCGAAAGUUGGGAAGAUUUAGACGUAAAUGACGAAUUACAGAAUAAAUUGAAUAAUACAAAGCCAAAUUUCACUUCUGUUAAUAUUAAAGCUAGGAAAGAAUCCACAAAACCAACAAUAUUAAGAGAAGAUACAGACAGAACCCAAUAUACACCUCAAGUAAGAAUAUUAAGAAGAUCUCCCGAGGAACGACCGAAGAAUGAAACAAAUUUGACUCAAAAAACACCAUCAACAUGGAAGAGUGUUGAACAGCGAGAGCAAGAAUAUAAGGAAGCUCGACUACGAAUAUUCGGUUCUGAGGAAAAUGAAAAGUCAGACUCUGCAUCUGGAGACGAAAAACCUAAUUCUAACAGGUAG